GUGCGUGCACGCUUGGGCUGUAGUUCCUGAAGCUUCAGGCUGCCAGCACACUAUCUGUUAUUGCUGCCACUGCCCACUGAAAGGGAUCUUGAGACAUGAGGUGCAUCUCCAGGCUGCCAGCUGUUCUCCUCAUCCUCUCGGUGGCACUCGGCCACUUGAGAGCUACACCUGUCGGAAGUGGUACCAACCCUCAGGUGGACAAACGGAAGUGCAACACAGCCACAUGUGCCACACAACGUCUGGCAAACUUCUUGGUUCGCUCCAGCAACAACCUUGGUCCAGUCCUCCCACCAACCAAUGUGGGAUCCAAUACAUAUGGGAAGAGGAAUGUGGCAGAGGAUCCAAAUAGGGAAUCCCUGGAUUUCUUACUCCUGUAAAGUCAAUGUACUCCCGUAUCUCUUAUUACUUCCUGUGUAAAUGCUCUGAUGAUUUCCUGAAUAAUGUAACAGUGCCUUUGCCAUUCCCGCCCAAGUGAGAAUGUACAACAACGUGCCUGUGCUUGCUGUGUUUGUAAAUUCUUAUUCUAAGACGUGCUUUAAACUGAGUGUUGAUAAAGGUCAGGGUGAAUACCUCUCUAAUCACAACAUGUUCUUGGCUGUACAUCGAUAUCGUAGGAACACUUAAAAUUUCUGUUUUUACCUUGUAACUCUAUGACUCAAGUUUAACAAUAAAGGAGGGCGUGGGAUGGUGGACUUGAAAAGUCAUUAACAGCUCAUAGUAAAUUUCUGAUUCUAGACAUUGGAAAGCAAGCAUUCUAAAUACCUGCUAAGAUGACAUUUCAAAAUAAAUUAGCAAAAUCUUGUACUUAUUUAAUUAAACUUUUUAAUUCUAUUUCUUGUUGUCCUUGUUGGUAGUAAGAGGCUGUUUUAAAGGAUAAAGGUUGUUUGUAUCCACGAGGAGUUUAUUGUUUCUUUUUCUCUGUAGAGAGCUUUAAUGACAUGUUUAUUCUGCUAAGGAAUCUUUCAGCAAAACUCAAACAUAAUUGUAUCCAGCAGAAGGAUCCUGUCUUCUAUUCUGAAUGCCUUAAAGAUUUGUGGAAACUAGAAACCAAACCUGUAUGCCAACUUAUUCUCUUGGCUCAGUCGUGGACAAAUAGAAGAAUGGCAUGACUGUCGUCUGCACACGUGCGUGAUAUGUUUGAUGGACAUGUGGGGGCACAUAUGUGCUGAAGUAUGUAUGUGGGGGUCAGAGUACAAUACUCAGUGUCAGUCUUCGCCAUCUACCUGUGUGACUGGUUCUUUGUUUGUUGGUCCCCUAGCCAGAAAUGCCAGGCUUCCAGGGAUUCUCCUACUCCUCCACCCAUCUCACCAUAGGAGUUCUGGGAUUAUAGAAGCCACUGUCCGUUUCCACAUGGGUCCUGAGGACUCACGCUCAGGCCUUCGCGCUGUGCACCACGCGCUGUACACGCUGACUUCCAACGACUUUCCCAUGGGAUCUCAGGUCACAGGUUCAUCACAGCUACACGCUGACUUCCAACGACUUUCCCAUAGGAUCUCAGGUCACAGGUUCAUCACAGCUACACGCUGACUUCCAACGACUUUCCCAUGGGAUCUCAGGUCACAGGUUCAUCACAGCUACACGCUGACUUCCAACGACUUUCCCAUGGGAUCUCAGGUCACAGGUUCAUCACAGCUACACGCUGACUUCCAACGACUUUCCCAUGGGAUCUCAGGUCACAGGUUCAUCACAGCUACUCAUGGGCGUUGGGCAUCUGACUUCUGUCCACUGCACACUUCACACUUAGCAUACCUCCACGCCUGGCUAUGUACUCUGGUCACUCCCAACAGCUACCGUCACCUCUGGGAUGUGCUCAGUUCUGUGCAAAUGGUGCAUACUCUGUGUGCAGAGCCUCUCCCAGUCCUCUCCGAUUCCUCUGAAUUCUGAGAUAUCCACAUUACUCUUCCGACACCCGUUGGCUCAAACACUCCCUCGGUUACUGACAACUGUGUGUGUGUAACUUUUGUAUCUGAUACCAUCAUGGUGAUUAUGACCUCAAAACUACCUUGGAGAAGCUCAACAUACAGUUUUCUAACAUACAGUUUUGUCACCAUGCUCAUUUGUCUGCCUGUCUGUCCGGUAAGCUCCCUGAGGUCAGAGUUGUAUGGUCGCUAUCUAUGCUCCUCGCACUACUUCAGAUGAUUGUUUUAACAAAACAGGUGUUCGGUGCAUACAUUUGGAAUCACUGUCAUCUGCGGACGAGCAAAUGCAAUGGGCUUUGGGAUAACAAUAAUUCUGUAGAGUGCAAUGAGGUUUUAAAAGAGUGUAGCUUUUUACAUUCUCUUUAUAAAACAAAGAUAGCGAUGCCUUCCUUGAAUAGUUUUAUUAAAGGGUAGAACUAACCUAAA